AUGGACGAUUUCGAUGAGGUAUUGGUAGAAGCAGUCCAGGAAGAAAUCCGCGUGCCAUCGCGAACACGGCGUCGGCUGGCGGGGUCGACGUUGUGUUGUUCGUUGUUUGUGUUCUUGGCGUUGUUGCCAGUAGCGGCUGCGGGUCAGCUAUUGUGUUGGUUGGGUCGGUUGUUAAAGGCGCCGUUGAAGGCGUUGGCGAUCUGGAUUGUGCCGGCGGCGGUGCGUCUAUGGUACAUCCAUCGUGUGGGUCGUGUGCACCCGUGGCAGUGUGCGCGUUCGCGUGCGAAAAGGAACCUACAUGCACACAGUCGCGCCAUCCGCAUUGACGUCACCGGCGCCGCGCCGGCCAAAAGUGGCCGCGGGCGUGACCCGACCGGGCGUGACACGGCCGGGCGCGAGAGCGAGACUACAGUGCGUGGGAGUGAGACGACGGGCCGUGGUAGCGAGACGACGGGGCGCGGGGCGGAGUCCGCAGCGUGUCGUGGCGGUGAGGUUUCCGACGACGAGCCGGCGACUGGGGUCCCGUUGGCGGUGCAUGUGAUACCACAGUUGCACGAUAACUAUGCGUACCUCGUGGUGAACAAGAACUAUGAGAGUGUGGACGCCUACUGUCGCGAGUACAGGUGUUUCAUUGUGGACUGCGCUAACGCAGAGGAAGUGCACGAGGCCAUGAACACAAUCGGGAACAUUCAUUACCGCGACGGCAAUCUGCGGCUGGAAGCUAUCCUCACAACGCACCACCAUUGGGACCACAUGGGCGGGAACGACAAACUCCCGCUCAUCUACCCCACCAUCUCGGCCAUUGUGGGGGGCCGCCGCGACCGCGUGCUCAACGCCAACACGUGGGUGCAAGACGGCGACGAACUGGAACUCAUCGGCGGCGCACGGGUACACUGCCAUGAGACUGCCGCACACACUCUGGGCUCCGUCGCCUACCGUCUGCGCACACUCGACCGCGCGGAUUGUCUCUUUCUCGGAGACACGUUCUUCGUCGGCGGCUGCGGCGCCACCUUUGAGGGCUCCGCCGAAAUGAUGGAAGACAACUUCCGCAGACUCUACUUCACCUGCGUUCCCGCCACCCUCCUCUUCCCCGGGCAUGAGUACAGCGAACGCAUCGUCGCCUCGCUCUUCCCAGACCGUGCUCUCAAUCUCGCCAAAGAAGAUCCCUACCGUUUCGCCCAACUCGCAAGACAACUCGGUCGCAUUGCCCACCUCCGCAGCCUCCCCCACCCCGCACCAACCGUACCCGUCCCCAUGGGCCAGGAAGUCCACUACAAUCCCCAGUUCAACUCCACCACCAAGGCUGCCCGCCUCUUCAUGGCCGCCGUCAUGGUCGCCCUUCAACACGAACGCGCUAAAAACGCCAAGACGCCCGCACUCACCUUCGCCACCACGCCCCGCUACCCCUCCGCCUCCCGCGCACCCUCUGGCUCCCGCGCACUCCCCGGUUCGAUUCCCACCGGAGCCAACGGCUCCGGCGCCAACGGCUCUGUGCCCA